AUCCUUGUGUUGUUUGCCCUGCAGGCUGAGCCAUCUCCUGCAGAGUGGUGGGUGAAGAAGCCCAGCUGGAGAGAGGGGGCCCAGGAGUGACUCUUAAGAUGUGUCAUUGGAUUAGCAUGUGAGCAUCUGCCUUUAGCCUCCUCCAGUCGCACUCAGACACCUUGAGCGCUGCAUCUCAUGUACAGGACUCUCGACGGAGCCAUCUUCAUGGUGCGGUUUCAUGACUUCACUCUGUAGGAUGAAGAAUGUAAAGAUAUUACAUUUGCCACUGCUUUUUGUGUUUGUGCACGCCUGCUUUGCACAAGCAGACUUCGCCCCCUAUUUCUACGACAAUGGACCCUAUAGCUACAACGGAAACCUGGCACUGUUCAGCCUCUCGGAGGACACGGCUGUCGGUACACAGAUCUACUCUCUCAAUGGCACAGACCCUGAGGGCCAGGAGGUGAGUUACGGCCUUUCGUUUGAUCCAGGGUCCAAAGAAUACUUCAGGGUCGACCCCAAAUCUGGAAACAUCACACUGGUGGAAAAGCUGGACAGAGAGAAACAAGACUCUAUAGACGUUCUUGUCAGCAUCACAGAUGGGCAAAGCAAGGUUGUGGAAAGAGUCACAAUAUUUGUAAUGGAUGCAAAUGAUGAAAAACCUGACUUCCAAAACAUGCCAGCAAUCAUUGAUGUACUGGAAACGACUGAGUCUGGCAGCAGCAUCUACAGAGUGGAGGCAGUGGACAGAGACACAGGCUCAGGGGGUUCAGUCACAUACUACCUCCAGAAUCCUCAGUCUACUUUGUUUGCCGUAGACAGGCACAGUGGUGUCCUUCGUAUCAAGUCUGGAGAAAUGUUGGACUAUGAGAAAACAAAGACACACUUUGUCACUGUCAUUGCAAAGGAUGGUGGUGGCAACUUUAAUGGCAAGGAGCAGUUUAUGUCAUCCUCUGCUACCCUGACGAUCAAUGUGAUCGAUGCACAGGACACUCCGCCAUCUUUUAUUGGGACACCGUAUUUUGGCUACGUUUAUGAAGUCUCUGUGCCAGGAUCUGAAAUAUUCACUGUUGUAGCCAAAGAUGGCGAUGUAGGAAGCCCAAAUCCAAUCCGUUAUUCUUUUGACGAUGGCGACGAUGGUGUUUUUAGCAUCAAUAGAUCAAGUGGUUGUAUCACCCUGCUGAGUCUCCCCAUGUUUCUGAAGAGAGAAAUCUUCAACAUUAAAGUCAGGGCAUCAGAAGUAAGUCCUGAAGGCAGACCCAUGGACUAUAGUGUGACCACGGUUGUGAUCCGUGUGGUGGACCUCAACAAUAAUCCACCUACUUUCUACGGGGAGAACGGCCCACAGAGCAUGUUUGAGUUGACCAUGUAUGAGCAUCCACCUGAGGGAGAGAUACUCCGUGGGCUGAAAAUCACUGUCAAUGACUCUGAUCAGGGUGCGAAUGCUAAAUUCAAUCUGAGACUGAUUGGACCUGGAAGGAUGCUGAGAGUCGUCCCUCAGACUGUACUCAAUGAGGCCCAGGUCACAAUCUUAGUCGAGGACUCUGCUGCCAUGGACUAUGAGAAACACCACUUUCUCACAUACAAGCUGCUCGCAGUUGAGAUCGAUACACCCGAGAGAUUCAGUGCCACAGCUGACAUUGUCAUUCACCUCCUGGACACCAACGACAACGCUCCCAAAUUCUCCUCAGACUACUACAUCGCCAGAAUCCCAGAAAACUCACCCGGCGGCUCCAAUGUGGUGUCAGUCACGGCAACAGACCCAGACUCAGGACCUUGGGGUGAUGUGAAGUACUCCAUCUACGGAUCAGGGGCUGACUUGUUCCUGAUCCAGCCUGCAUCUGGGAUCAUCUACACCCAGCCGUGGGCGAGCCUGGACGCAGAGGUGAGGUCCAAGUAUAACUUCUAUGUGAAGGCAGAGGACGCAGAAGGAAAAUACAGCCUCGCUGAGGUCUUUGUGACUGUGUUGGACCUGAACGACCACCCACCUGAAUUCAAUGAUAACUUCCUUGAGACAACUAUGGUGAUUGGAGCACCAGUGAAAAUAGAGGCUGUAGAUGACGAUGCGGAAGUGCCCAACAAUGUCAUCGAGUAUGCCAUCAUGAAAGCCGAGCCAGACAACAACAUCUUUGACAUUAACGCUGACACGGGGGAGAUCAUGCUCAAGUCCUACAUCAAAUCAAUGGCCAUCAUUCAGAACAUCACCAAGAAGAGAGACUGCACCUGGUCGCUGGUAGUGCAGGCCCGCGACCGAGGCCAGCCGUCCUUCAGCACCACUGCGGUCGUCAAGAUCGACAUCACUGAGGCUACCCAACUCAGUGGGGGGCCUUUGGGAUCAUUUUUGAUGCAGAAUAGAAACAAGCCUUUGCAAAUCCUAGGCAUGCUUGCUGGUGUCAUUAGUCUCAUGGUCAUAGUCACGGUCAUCAUCUCCACUGCAACAUUCAUGCGCAACAAAAAGUCCAACCGGAUCCUCCCUAACCGCCGAGUAAGGAGGAGGCGGAAGCCGCAGCCCUGGAACUUGAAAAACCCCUUUAAGACACCAGAAACUCCUGGAGAGAAAUUCCGAGUAGAGGAGGAAGAGCCAGAGCCAGAGCCAGAGCCGGAGGUCAUCGUGGAGAAUGUCAACUAUAACAACAAUGUCAACAAUGUUGUGAGACACUGGCCUCCGCCGCCGCCGAGUGCCCCAUCUCUUCCCCCUCCACCUCCUCCUUACAUCCCAGGGGAGAGGCAGUGGGCCGUACCCACCGUCUCUGCAACAGUGGCACCCAAACCCAGAAAGAAGCCAGUGAUGAACAGACAGGACACUAAGAAACUAGCACUGGUGUCAGAGCUCAAGAUGAAAUUGGAGCAGAAGAGGAUGCUGAAACAUUAGUAGUGCUCGACAAAACAAUCUCACCUCAAGGUCCAUUUAGUAGCUGUGCCAGAGCUUUCACCACCUUCAUCAGCAGAUCCAGUCUGCCCAGUUUUAAGAGAAAUGUAGACAUUCAGAUUUACAUUUCUUCUUCUUCUCAUACAUGUUGCCAUAUAGACAAAUAGAAAAAUAAAACUAAACUCUGAACGAGCAUCUUCAUCCAUCUGAAGACGAUGACGAUCAUGUGAUCUGAUCAAAAGCUCCAGAUCAGACACUAAACGGACCCUGAGGUGAGAUUGUUUUGUCAGCUGAUGUUUCCAAAGUCAAGAAUGAACUGUGAAACUUAAUCAUUAAUAGUGCUUUGUGUGUGUAUGUGUGCCUGUGUGUGUGUGUGUGUGUGUGUGUGUGUGUGUGUGUGUGUAUUUCAAGAAAGAUUAAACACACUGAAACAGCUUAAUUUCUUGUGCAUCAAAAAUCUCAGUUUUCAUGUGAUGGAAAAAAAUCCCUUCAGGUGUACCAUCACUCAGAUCAUGUCUCCAAUUCAUGAUGUUUAUUUCCAGUUUCUGUGUCAUCGUGUAACAGAUAAAUUCCACCUUUUGAACCAUUUGUUGACACCCUAGUGGCUUAAAGUUCCUCACCUCACAUCCCUUGUCGGGAAUGAAGUCAUUCAAACUCCAGCAAGCAAGACUGUUUAUUUGGGAUCCGACCAAGCUCCUUACAGGAGAUUUCAUGACACUUGAACUGACUAAAGAGAUCAGCCGGGGGAAGGGAACCAAAGUUAUCACGUUAGGAAGACCUUUAAUCCUUCCAUGCAGGUGUAAAGCACUGUUUAGACCCCUGUUUUGCAGCAGUCACGAUAUGUUUAUUUCCUGAUUGAAAGGACUGCACUUUUUGUUUACUGUUGUGUAUUUGGUUGUUUUGUUUGUUUCAAUUGGUGUAUUUUUGUCAAAAAAAAAACUGAAGCUGUCAAUACACCUGUCAAGAUUUUACUACCAAUAAAAUAACUUCAUUUGUAAUUUCAA